CUUUUUUUUUUUUUUUUUUUUCUUGUUCAAAUACACGAUCAAAUAAGACAUUCUUUUAAAUGAUGGACACAAAUGACGAGCAGUGGACGAUGGAUCGGGUUGUUCAUUGGCUCGAAGUAAAUAACUUUCAACCUGCAAUUGACGUCUUUAAAGCGAAUCAGAUUUGUGGAAGAGCCUUUUUGGAUGUCGAUUUACCCUUCUUGAUGACAUUAAAGGGAGACUUUCCUCUAACAAUGUCUGAUAGACGUAGACUUGCACAUGCCAUUAAAACACUUCGACCCGCCGAAGAAUACACUUAUAGUCGAACCAUACGAUAUAACAACAAUAAUAAUAAUACGCCUCGAUAUAUACCAACUCAGGAUUCAAAAGUACCAUUGAUACCCGAGAGAAAAUCUUCAAAUAACGAACAUGUACUGGAUUGGGUAAAGACAUUCAACAUACCUCCUAUCAGUGCAGCAGUAGCAAGAAAUAAUAGAGCCUUUUCAACCAAUGUCCCUCGUUAUCCAAUAAGCCCAAGAUUGGAGGGUGAGGGUCAAUGGAGAAUGGUUAGAAGACGACCGGGUCCAAAUACGACAGAACAUCAGCAGAGUAUACAUGUAACAAAAGACUCGGAUACGUUUCACAGUUUGCAAGUAACCGGCAUGCGGGAUCCUCGUUUGAUCAAGAACUCUAUUUUGAGGAAGUUGGGCAUAGAGGGUGGUUGUGAUCGAUACUUGUUCUUUCAUGAGAAUGGAAAGAAUUCAGUUCAACAAAUAGAAUAUUAGUAAAACCUAUAUUGGAGCAUUACAAGUCGUACUCAAAAGAUGGUACAAAGUAUUAUGAUU